GAAAAGAUCAUCAAAUAUUAUAUCAAAAUUUGCAUGGGGCUUAAUUAUUUGCCCACUAGACUAGACUUAACAAGUCCUGUGGCCUUGAAGUAUUCUAUUCUCUCUUUACCAGCCUUCAACUUCGGAUCUUGAGCCCCUUUAGAAAUUAGAUCUACUAAGUGUAGCUGGCAAGCCCCCCAUCCCAUCCGAAGAGCAAUUAACCCCAACAUCAAUUCCGAAAUGUUGAGUGACAGUAGCCGUGAGCUGCAGCCUCAGAAAGGUCUUCAAAUCAAGCAAGAUGACAAGUUCUUCUCUAGGCUCAUGUCCAAGGAAACUUCCAUGGCUAAUUCCUCUUGCAGGGUCUACUACGGAGGGGCUUCGGGUGCUGUUCCAUUCAUGUGGGAGUCACAGCCUGGAACUCCCAAGCAUCCUUGUUCUGACACCACCCUCCCUCCUCUGACUCCCCCUCCUUCAUACCAUUCCUCCUGCAAGUCAAAAUCCAUGCAGAAAACGAGCAUGAAACCAACCCUUUUGAGCUUCAUCUUUCCCAGGCUCACCCCAAGGAAAAACCAUGCUUCCCCAUCCUCUUCACGCUCCUCUACAUCAUCCUCAUCAUCCUUCUCAUCACGGUCAUCAUCAUUGCAUGGUUCCCCAUCAGCUCCCAGGAACCAAAAGUUUCAGAGGAGGAGCUAUUUUUCAUUUUCAAGGUCCCCUGUCCAUAACUGCAUAGAUGAUGAUGAUGAGGAAGGCCUGGGAUCACCGACCUCGACAUUGUGUUUUGGGGUUAAACGCAGGAACCUGAAUGAGUUUGGAGGAUGUCAGUCAAUGGUAAACAUGAAGAAGGCAUUGCUAUCAAUUGUUAGCCAUGGCUCAGGUCAAGGUACUGCUGCCUAGAAAUCAAACAAUAAUUAAUUAAAUUCCAUGACCUUGAGAUGUUAUUAAUUUGUUUAUCUUUUCUCUUCUCUUUGAUUUUCCUUCUUUUCUUUUUGUUGUAUUGUAGAGAUGUGUUCUUAGUUUCUAGUCUUUGCCCCACUGCAGAUGUUUGGUUGUUGUGUUGGGCUAUCAAAUUUUUAUUAUUGAACAGUUUGUUCAUCUCAUCAUAAUCCAAUCCAAUGCAUAUCCUACCAACAUUGGAAAAAAAUUAGUGUCAAUAAAAAGUUAUGAUGUUUAUGUAACCAUGGCUACCAACAUUGGAAUUGGAUGAUUCCAUUCUUUGUUUUAGUA